AUGCUGCUGGGUCCUCAUGGCUCCUCCUCAUCCCCCGUCAGCUUGUCCGCCAAAUCCGGCACAAUCGAUGGGGAGAUGAACUUCAUAGUCACAAAUGAUGGCAUUAAACUUCAUGGAAACGAAGUGGAUACCGAAAAAUGCGUGGUUCACUUCUCCGCACCUCUCAAGACGUGGUGGACCGACGUGAGGUUCGCUUGUGGCACGAUUCACGUUUUCGGCAGCCAGACACACGCGGCGGAGUGGUGCGAACGAUACGGAUUCAGAUAUGGAGAGGUGAUGAACUUGGAUACGAUGUGGAAGCUUUCAAAGGCUUGGUAUGAGAACAAAGCAUCGCAUGAUUACGACAGACUGGAUGCUCAAGAGGUUACUGAUCUCUUCCGAGAAUUGGGGUUGGUAUCCGAAUUUUGGUCUCGAUAA